AUGGCCCAACUGGCUGCCUGGUUUCUGGGCACCUCAGUUACAGUCUCCAUCCUUGUUUUCAUCGUCCUCUUUGGUCAACUACCUGCCUUCGGAGCCGGUCCUCUUGGUGCAGCGAACCGGUUCAUUCUCCAUGACAUACCUUCAUGUCUAUCCUCUCUCGACCGACGGAUAUGCGGAGGCAAGCUGUGUCCAAUAGUCAUGAGCAUCGGUGAUGGUCUCAUGAACAAGAAGCAUCCUCUUGUAUUGAUUCUGUACCUCGUACUCAUGACCGGUGGCUCCUACCUCUUCCUCCGGAACGGAUAUACCGAAAUCCCGAACGAAGCACUAGGAAGCAAGCACAUAUACCUUAUCCCCCUGACCAUCCUCCUACCCUACGUCGCCCUCUACCUCGCAGCCUCCUCCGACCCAGGCUUCAUUUCAUCCCACAACCACCACACCGCAAUGUCGCUCUACCCAUACGAUCAGAUCAUCUUCCGCGCCGUACCCAACCCCGAGGAAUGUCGGACGUGUCGAUGGGCGAAACCGGCUAGGAGUAAGCAUUGUGGAUUAUGUGCGCGGUGCGUGGCGAAGAUGGAUCACCAUUGUGCGUGGAUUAACAAUUGUGUUGGAACGAGGAAUACGAGACAUUUCCUUGGCUUUCUGGCGGCGAAUGCGAUCACCUUGACGUAUGGUACAUACCUGACGUACCAUGUUCUCUAUUUGAAGAUGUCUGGGUCGGACGAGGACCAGUUGUGGGUUCGGUGGAUCAACACCAUGGCUGAGUACCGGGAGCUCGGGGCGGUAUUUAUAUUGUGCCUGAUGUGUUCCCUUAUCAUGAUCGGGUUCUUGGUAGCCCAUAUGUAUCUGAUCUGGGCUGGUACCACGACGAAUGAUUCAUUGAAGUGGGGUGAUAUCAAGUACGCCCUGAAGAAGGGUACGAUUGUUGUAUUCGAUGAUGAAGGCAGAGGCAGCCCUACCGCGGAUUAUGAUGCAACACGCUGGCCAUGGGGAGGAAUGAAGGGUAGGAGAAGGGGUGUCAUUGCGGUGGAUGCAGAUGGGAAUGUGCCGGAGGAGAUUCGGGAUUGCAUUACGAACCUGAGAGACUUGGAAAAUAUCUACGACCGAGGGUUCCUACGGAAUAUGACAGAGGUGUUGUGGCCGCCUAAGUUGUGAUAGACAAGAAGGUAUAUUUGGUUACAACACACGCAAACUCCAAAAGAAUGGCUAACAUGCUCAAUGAUCACACC